AUGUUCAAGAUGAGCUCCGAAUCCAAGAUGGCCGGCCCAGGCUACAUCAUCCUGAACAUCAUCCGAGCCAUGAACAUCAUCUCUCUACUACUGGUUGCUAUCGCCAGUUGGGUUAUGCUUGUAAUGACGCUGAAGACCUCGAGCUUUUUCUUCUUCGACGGAGUAUCGCACUUCAUCACAAGCGUCAUAGCCUGUUUCCUCAUCAUCUCGGAACUCAGCCUCUUCCAAAGCUACUUCGUCAAAAACUGGCCGAACUUUGGACCCGAGCAUGGCUUCGUCUGCCUUGGACUGUCAAUGAUUGUGCUUGGCUUCAAUAUUCUGGGCAAUCUCAACAAAGCAGCUACAAGCGUGGAAAAUUUGGGGCUACCAUUGUGGCGUGUCGUUAUCUCAGCGGGAAUUCUCGCAUCCUUGAGCGGCCUGUUCAACAUCAUCGCCACAUACGUCUUCUCCCAGCCCAAACUCGGAAUUUCCGGCCGUCAAGUCAGAGGUCAAGGAGCUGCCACAUUCCCCAGCUCGUCAACAAAGUCCAACUACAGCGUCUCCAGCGGUUCUAUCCGCAAGGCUGAGAGUCCUGUCCUUCCAACUUACCACACUCCCACCGAGGAGCGAAGAAAGUCAAGAUUUGGUCUCAAGUUCCCCAUUCGAACAUCUGGCAUCUCGAAGCCCAUACCCACCAACCAAGAGCAAUUCUCGAAAUGGGAUGAUCGAAGUUCGCCAGUCGUCCCUGAUGUCCAACGACCCCCAACUGCAAUGCACCCAGCGUUGCACCCUCCGGCGCCGGCAUACCCUGCAUCUUCAAGAUAUAGUGUGGUCAGUAAUAUGACAAGAUUUUAA